AGGCUGGCGUGAGCGCCGCGGUGCGUGGCACAGGCAGCGACCUCCCCGCGGUGAGAAGUACGACCGCAGGACUCAUGGCGGCAAGAUACCGGCCCAGCGCCCCCCACACCAGUGCUGCCGGCAGCGGGGCCGCGGCCCAGGGGCAGUGGGGCCGCGCCUGGGAGGUGGACUGGUUCUCGCUGGCGAGCGUCCUGUUCCUGCUGCUGUUUGCGCCCUUCAUCGUGUACUUCUUCAUCAUGGCGUGUGACCAGUACGCCUGCUCGCUCACCGCGCCCGUGCUGGACCUGGCCGCCGGCCGCGUGCGCCUCUCCGACAUCUGGGCCAAGACGCCGUCCGUGACGAAGGAGGCCGCCCAGAUCUACGCCCUGUGGGUCUCGUUCCAGGUGCUCCUGUACGUGGCGCUGCCUGACGUCUGCCACAGGUUCCUGCCCGGCUACGUGGGCGGCGUCCAGGAGGGCGCGGUGACUCCCGCAGGGGUCAUCAACAAGUACGAGAUCAACGGCCUGCAGGCCUGGCUCAUCACGCACCUGCUCUGGCUCGCCAACGCCCGCUUCCUCUCCUGGUUCCCGCCCACCAUCAUCUUCGACAACUGGAUCCCGCUGCUGUGGUGCGCCAACAUCCUGGGCUACGCCGUGUCCACCUUCGCCAUGGUCAAGGGCUACCUGUUCCCCACCAACGCCCGCGACUGCAAAUUCACGGGCAACUUCUUUUACAACUUCAUGAUGGGCAUCGAGUUCAACCCCCGGAUAGGGAAGUGGUUUGACUUCAAGCUGUUCUUCAACGGGCGCCCCGGCAUCGUGGCCUGGACUCUCAUCAACCUGUCCUUCGCGGCCAAGCAGCGGGAGCUCCACGGCCACGUGACCAACUCCAUGAUCCUGGUCAACGUGCUGCAGGCCAUCUACGUGCUGGACUUCUUCUGGAACGAGGCCUGGUACCUGAAGACCAUCGACAUCUGCCACGACCACUUCGGCUGGUACCUGGGCUGGGGCGACUGCGUGUGGCUGCCCUACCUCUACACGCUGCAGGGCCUGUACCUGGUCUACCACCCGGUGCAGCUGGCGGCCCCGCACGCGGCGGGCGUGCUGCUGCUGGGCCUGCUCGGCUACUACAUCUUCCGCGUGGCCAACCACCAGAAGGACCUCUUCCGCCGCACGGACGGGCGCUGCCUGAUCUGGGGCCGCAAGCCCAAGGCCAUCGCCUGCGUGUACACGUCGGCCGACGGGCAGCGGCACCACAGCAAGCUGCUGGCCUCGGGCUUCUGGGGCCUGGCCCGGCACUUCAACUACACGGGCGACCUGCUGGGCAGCCUGGCCUACUGCCUGGCCUGCGGCGGCGGCCACCUGCUGCCCUACUUCUACGCGGCCUACAUGGCCGUCCUGCUCACCCACCGCUGCCUGCGGGACGAGCACCGCUGCGCCAGCAAGUACGGCGGGGACUGGGCGCGCUACACGGCCGCCGUGCCCUACCGCCUGCUGCCCGGCGUCUUCUAGAGCCGCCCUGGGGCCGCCUCCCUCCCCGCCGCCAGAAGCCUCCGUCUCCGUCUGCAAACUGCCAACGUCAGCGCGUCCCUCCCGGCCCCCGGGACGCGGGGUUACAGCGCGGCCGGCUCUCCUGUCCGAGUCCGAGGGCGGGAGGGGACCGCGCCGCUCCCGCUGAGGUUUCUCCGCUGCGUGGGCACGUGGCUGGGACGCGUCCGGGCCUGGUCAGGACGGAGGUGGCUCUUGCCGGUUAUGGGGGGCGGGCACGCCCGUGACCGUGUCCCCGCUUCGCCCCAGAGCCGCCCCGCUGCCUGCCCUGGGCCGCGGGCUCCCUCUGUGUCUCGUGCAGCCAACACGGCGCUGGCGGCGGCGGUGAGUCACCGUGAGGAGGGGCUCCGGGCCCAGGGUGGGUGCCCUUUGGUUUCCGUGUGCUCACGCCUGCCAGGGGUGGGGUGACUCGGAGCCAGGGUGCAUGCCCGGACCCGACGUGAGGUCCCAGUCCCGGGCCGAGGCGCCCAGUGCCUGACUCCCUCUGGAGCCCGCCCGCCCGCCCUCCGGAAGGGCGUUCCUGCUCGCCCGGGCAGCCCAGCGCAGGCGCCCACCACGCGGGGCCUCCCCGUGCCUCCAAUGAGGUGUGACCCCGGCCUUGGGCAGGGCACCCCCUCUCACCCCUGGGUAUUCUUGAAUCUUGGCGUCACUGCCCUAGUAGAGAAUUAAUUCUUUAUAUUAAACUUUCCAGGUUAAACUUC